UUACACUAUUCAUUAAUGAUUGAAUGUUAUUUGUCUCUCCUUACAAAUGCUACCUGUGUGAAUGAUAUUUUUCUUUCUAUUGGUUCAGUAUGAUGGAUCAUCUUUUUUGCUUCGCGAUGAACUUGAAACUCACAUUGAUACUUUUGGCAGUGAUAAAAUUGAAGAAAUAGCUCCUAAAAAUAUUGUCCUCGGUGAAAAGAAUGUCACUUUUACCAGUGACGCAAACAAUACUGUUGAUUUACAACAAUGUGGUCUAAGUUUGUUUUUUCCUCAGGAACUAAUCACGACUCCAACAGCAGCUGUUAGCUAUGAUGUGACAGUUAAAGGAUUAUGGGCUGAGCAGUUUGUGUUUCCAGAAGGAACCCAGCUCAUAAGUUCUGUCACUUCAAUUGCUCUCAAUUCUCCUUUGCCAUUAGAUAAGCCAGUCACUGUUCAGUUAAUGCAUUGUGCUAGCAUUACUGAUCAAUCUCAGAGCAAGUAUCUCAGUUUUGCUGUAUCACAUUCUGUUCAACCUCCAUUUAAGUUUGAUCUCUUACCAGGAGGGGAUUUCCUUGCUGGUUUCAAUUAUGGUACCAUACAAUUAAAUGAGUUCUCAUUGAUUGCUAUCGUAUUGGUGGUGUCAGCAACUGCAGCAUUUGCAACUGCUAUUGGAUAUCGAUUUUGGCAAGUUCCUUUACUGAGAUGUCAAGGAUUGAUUUAUUACAAAAGAGAGUUUGAGAAUAUGAAAAUGAAUUUUGCAGUUUUAAAUGAUCUUCCUCACAAUGAUGCAAUCAUCAAGUUUAAAAAGGAGUCUUAUAAGAAGUUUGGAGAAGAGGAAUGGAAUUUUCCUUUUCAGAUGAGAACUGAUAGCCAACUAGAGCUUCACUUUCCUGAAGAUAAGCCAGUUGGAUGGACAGUACGACCACUUAGAAUACCUCCUACAAUACAUGAGAGAGAUGUAUGUGCCUAUACUGAGUCCAAGACCUCAAGUGACCUUCCUCCAUAUAUUUCUGUAAUACUGCGAGCAACAGCAACAGCUGCUGAAUGGCUUGACUAUGAAAUCACUGUCAGUGGAAUCAAUAUAGACAAGAAAGACAGUAUUGCUAUUGUAGUACAUAAAUCAAGGAAUGUAUGCAUACCUUCAUUGGAAGUAGGCCCAGCUGUUAUUGAAAAAUCAAAUAAAGCUUCUGAGGUAUUUCGCAAGAAAAUCCCCACACUUAGCUCAAUCAUUGGCUCUGGCACUAGCACUAUCUUUGAUAGAAUCAGUGAUGAGUUUCUUGGUGCAGGACUCAUCAGCCAAUCAAUACUAGAUGACAUCACUACAGUACCUAGUUACUCCAAUUAUCAAAGAGGCAGUAGAUUAAUUCGUGAGCUGCAUAAAAGGCUGCAAACAAUAGAUGCACCUAAUGAUAACCUCAUUGUGGUGUGUGACAUACUCACCAAACAAGAAGAUGAGCAAUUAGUUCAGAUUGGUAAAGAUAUGAUGAAAAAUGCACCUCAUGCUGUUUGA